GCUUCAAGGUCAACUCAUUUGAGCUGUAUGGCUUCGACGUUAUCUUCGACGAGUCCCUCCGUGCUUGGCUACUCGAGGUGAACUCAAGUCCGAGCAUGAACUUAGACACUCUGCUGGAUGAGAGGAUCAAAGUUGCACUGAUAAGGUACGGGACAAGCAUCUUCGGCAUCCGCUG